CAUUAACCGAUAUCAGAUAUUCUAUCUUAAACUCAGCAAUUAAACCACACAAAACCUCACACUGAUGUUUAUCGCUGCACAGACAGCUUCUGUUCCGUCCUGAUACAAAUAUCCUCCAUUCCAUCUCAACUCGUCGGCUAAACCUGCCCGGCUCAGUUACAUGCCCACAGCUGGUAAAAAUGCAACUGACCUCUCAAACGACAACACAUCUAUCAUGAACCCGGCAGAUCGAGACCGAGACCGAGACGAUAGCACUCGAAAGAAGAGAUCUUUGUCCGAUUUCCAAGACGAUAAAGUUGACUAUCCUCGGCGUCGCGCUAUCAUUGCUUGCGAAGUUUGUCGGGCACGAAAAUCAAAAUGUGAUGGUGCACAGCCAAAAUGUCGAUUGUGUUCAGAAUUGAAUGCCGACUGUGUUUACAGAGAACGGGGGUUAAAACUCGACGCUCGCGACAAACUCAUCAUUGAGAAACUUGAACGCAUUGAAAGUCUACUUGAAUCAUCUGCCGCAGAAAAGGACCUACGACAACAAUCCACCAGCAGCCAACAAUCCUUCCCCGAAAUCUCCAAUUUCCAACAAAACUUACCACAGAAUUACAAUCUCACGGUCGCAAAACCGCCCUCACCCUCAACGACUUUCCAGGCAGGCUCUCCAGCGGUGUCGAGCUCGAGUAGAGACCGGACUAGUGGAAGUAUUGGAGAUUAUGUUUUUUCGAUUCCAGAGCACCAUUCAACGCCCUGGCUCCAUCUAUUUCAAAAUCGCCAGGUCGCGCGGCUUCUUACGCAGAGUCCGCCUAUGAGUUAUUCACCGCUACGGCUCGAAUCUACGCGCAGUCCACUUCAGCUGGAUCUCAAUGUCUUGCUCGACCUGUCCCAUAUUCAACCUCUGGUGUCCUCUUAUUUCAAAGUUGUCAACCCUUUUUACGCCAUUGUGUCCCCCUUUGGAUGGCAAUCAUACUACAGAAUCGCCUUAUCAAACGGCUUUCGCCAAGGCCCUGAGAGUGUCAUAGUUCUCCUCGUGCUGGCAUUAGGUCAAGCAAGUCUCUCCGACUCGCUGACAACACUACCCAAAGACGCACCCAUUCCUGGAAUCAACUUCUUCGCUACAGCAUGGCCGCUCAUCACAAACUGCUUGCUAGGAAACACAAUUGUCGACGCACAGGCAUUGAUGCUCACGAGCGCGUACUUGUUCUACUUGGUGCGUCCGUUGGACGCGUGGAAUAUGAUUUCUGCAAUCUGUACAAAAGUGCGCGCGGUGCUGAGCAUCUCGCCGCCAGAUGAUUUGUUACAUGAUGAUCGAGAGUUGUUUGAGAGACUAUUUUGGAAUGCUCUAGUUUUGGAAAGUGACUUACUAGCAGAGCUGGAUCUCCCGCACUCGGGCAUAGAGCUCCAUGAAGACGAAGUCGGCCUCCCCUCAGGUUUCCGCGCAGUUGACAACAUCGCCCCGGGAACCGAUGAUCUCUGGUACUUUCUUGCCGAGAUCUCCCUCCGCAGACUGCUGAAUCGAGUGCAUCACAUGCUGUACUCCAACAUUAAGCCUAAAGUGCCCAUUUCUUCGUACCACCCAAUCGUGCAAGAACUGGAUUUUCAGCUGACGCAGUGGUACGAGAAUCUGCCGGUGAUCCUAAAGUUCACGUUUGAACGCGAACGGAUAGAAAACCAAUUUGCGACGGUACUGCGGUUGCGCUAUUUUGCGUGUCAGAGCAUUAUUUGGAGAGUAUACGUGGAAGUAUGUUUGGAAAACGAGGAGCUACUUAAGGAUAGUCGGAUGCGAACCGGAGCGUCAAAGUGCAUAGAAGCAUGUCUGCGACAAGUUGAGGAUCUAGACGAGCACAUCGCAGGCCACAUCCCUUAUCUCUGGCAAGGAUCACUCUCCAUCGCCGGUCACAUUGUCACCCUGAUGGCUGUAACCGUUUCACCAGGUCUAGCGGCUUUACUACCGCACUCGAUGACGCGCAUGGCAGAGAUCAUAGUCGUGGGCGUCCGCACGAUUGUCAGGAAUGGAGCGCUGGCACCGUCAAUUAAGGCAGCGGCGGACUCUUUGUGUAAUGCGGAGGUGCAGUGGACGAAGAGGAUGAUGGAGAUUGGCAUUGAUGCCGAAAAGAUUAGAGAGACGCUGGUAGAGAAGCCACCACCUCAAGAGUGAAAGCAAAUUGUACAGUAUUUAUGAGUUGAAGUGUAUUUACGGAUGAUCAGGA